AUAAACAGAGAGAAAAAAGAUUGUUAUGUAAAAGGGAAAAACAAAAUGGCAGAAAUGUCCAACAAUGAGCCCAACAAAAAGUUCUUCUAUCACGAGCACGCUUCCAAACUUCUAAAAUGUUUGAAUGAGUCAAGAGACCGCCCUAAUCUUUGCGAUGCAACAGUUACUAUAGGAUCUUGUCAAAUUCCAGUUCAAAAGAAUAUUUUGUCAGCCGCUAGUCAUUACUUUCGGGCUCUGUUUGAUUAUGAUGACCAUGUGUCCAGCAAUAUUAAAGAAAAACAAGGAUCUUCAUUUGUUUCCCUUGAUCACAUGGGUAUCGAUGAGCAUACAUUUAAAAGCAUCCUAGAUUUUAUCUACACAGCUGAAGUGAAAUUGAAUCCUGGGAACAUACAGGAUAUGCUACAGGCAUCAGAUCAACUGCUUAUGUCAGAUCUAAAGGAUAUCUGCUGUGAGUUUUUAGAUACUUGUAUCAACGCCCAGAACUGUAUUGGUAUUCUUGACUUCACAUCUCAGCUUUCCUGCUCUUGGUGGCACUUAAAAGUUUCCCAGUAUCUUGACGAUCAUUUCUGUGAAGUCAGCCACUUUGAUGAGUUUCUUCGACUUGGAGCUGAAAGAGUUGACAAACUGCUGUCAAGAACAACAAUUAAUGUGAAGAAAGAAGAUGAUGUUCUUGAAAUAAUACUGCGCUGGUAUCAGUUUGAUCCUGAUCAUCGCAAAGACGACACUGUAAAAUUACUGAGGUCAGUGUUGUUUGCCCACCAACUGAGUAAAGAUGCCUUGUCUUGGUGCAGCAAUGUCAAUGGAGAGGCUGGGAAGGAGUUCCUCAAUACUCUAGAGGAGUUACGAGAGAAACAGAAAGAAGGGCUGAUUACUCACAGAGGCUACACAAGAGUUAUUGUUACUUGUGGAGGAGAAGGGGCUUGUGUUGACAAAGAUGAUUGUGAAAUCAAGGACUAUGUCAGGUGUAUAAGACCUGUUAAAACAAAACAUUUAGCAACCUGGGUGGAUUUGGCCCCUAUGUCAACACCAAGAUCAGGUCAUGGAUUAGUAGAAGUUGGUGGUUACCUAUAUGCUGCUGGAGGCCGUGAUAGUAACUGCAGGAUACUCAACAGCUGUGAGAAGUUUGACCCCUUCCAGAACUGUUGGAUACCAGUAGCUCCUAUGAAUCACGCCAGAGUUGGGUUUGGCCUGGUGGCAAUUGAAAACAUGAUCUACGCCCUGGGAGGAAGCAAUGACAUGACGGACCCUCUCCUGUCUGUUGAGGUGUAUGACGUCUUCACUGACAAGUGGAAACCUCUGCCUGACAUGAUUAUGAAAAGAGCCUGGGCUUGUUACGUGGCAGCAGGCUCUAAAAUUUAUGUGCUGGGUGGGGGCAUCAUCGGCAAAUUUUACGAAUCAGUCGAGGUGUUUGAUACAAGAUCCCUCACGUGGUAUGCUGUGUCCCCUAUGAGGGAGAGAAGAUGCGAUGCCCGGGCUGUAGCGGUUGGCAGUGACAUCUACGUUUUCGGAGGCUUCCGUCGGAUUGAGUGCCCCAGCGCAGCACAUUCAGGGCACAACCUGAAGCUCUGUGGCACUGAGCUGUACACUGAGAAAAAUGACUACUGGAUGCCCAUCCAGAACCGCUCUGGCUGCAACACCAUCUGCGCAGUUGGCGAGACAACACAUAUAAGCGGCGCACUGUUCUACGAUGAUGAUAUACUCCUGGUGGGGGAGCUGGACAUGGGAGGCGGGGAGGUCCACACGGUGCGGUCCUUCAACAAAGAAUCAAACACUUGGGAUUGCGUUAUUGUAAACAAACCGUCCCUACAGACCCGCUACCAGUGCUGUCUGUUGUCACUGCCCAAAAAUGUGAUGUACAGGUUACUAUGGGAACAAGGCAAACUAAACUAUUCAGACAUUGUUGGGGAGGAGAGUAAAAUGUAAGCAGCGGAAGUGGAUACUAACAGCCAGUGCCAUCAGAAGGAAGAACGGUGAUAGUCUUGGGCUUGUUGUUGGAGUCCUUGUAAUAUCUUUUUAUUAAUCAACCAGUCGAACAAAUAAACUUUAAGAAAUGCUUGUUAAUCUCUUGUAUUUCUUUGAUUAGCAGAUCUUUGCUUGUAUUAUUAGUCAGUCUCAAAUGUUAAUUCAAGUUGUUUUGUAAAUUAUUCAUGUCAAUUAUGAUUUUUUUU